AUGUUGAACAAGAACAUUCUGCUGUUGGCUCUUCAGAUAAGUCUCUUAGGAACCACUCUUGGUGGGAAUGUUUUGAUUUGGCCAAUAGAAGGUAGUCAUUGGCUAAAUGUUAAGACAAUUAUAGAUGAUCUAAUUAAAAAAGAGCAUAAUGUGACUGUCCUAGUUGCUUCUGGUGCACUUUUCAUCACACCGACCUCUAACCCAUCUCUGAUAUUUGAAAUAUCUAAAGUGCCCUUUGGCAAAGAAAGAAUAGAAGGAUUGAUCAAGGACUUUGUUUUGACAUGGAUGGAAAAUAGACCAUCUCCUUUAACCAUUUGGAGAUUCUAUCAGGAGAUGGCCAAAGUCAUCAAGGACUUCCAUAUGGUGGCUAGAGAAGUCUGUGAUGGUGUUCUCAAAAACCAAAAUCUAAUGGAAAAGCUGAAGAAAAGCAAAUUUGAGGCCUUGGUAUCAGAUCCAGUAUUUCCUUGUGGUGAUAUAAUAGCUUUAAAACUGGGAAUUCCAUUUAUAUACUCUUUGAGGUUUUCUCCAGCCUCAACAGUGGAAAAACACUGCGGGAAGGUACCAUACCCUCCUUCCUAUGUUCCUGCUAUUUUAUCAGAACUUACUGACCAGAUGUCUUUCACCGACAGAAGAAUAAGAAAUUUCAUUUCCUACCAUCUACAGGACUGCAUGUUUAAUAUGCUUUGGAAAUCAUGGGAUUCCUACUAUAGUAAGCCCACGGAUGGUAGCCAUCGGUUAAACAUUAAGAUCAUUUUAGAAGAGUUGAAUCAAAGAAAUCACAAUAUGACUGUACAGGCUUCAUCAGCGACUCUAUUCGUCAACUCCAGUGAUGAUUCUUUUGUGAAUUUUGAGGUGAUAUCUGUUUCCUACAAGAAAAGCAACAUCGACUUCUUAAUUGAACAUCUGAUAAUGCUGUGGAUAGAACUAGGAAAACUCCUACAUACUUUUUUUCAGAUUAAUAUACAAAUCUGUGAUUGAGUAUUAAAGAACCCCAAGUUAAUGGCAAGACUUCAGAAAGGAGGCUUUGAUGUGCUGCUAGCCGACCCAGUAACAAUCUGUGGAGAUCUGGUUGCUCUGAAAUCAGGAAUUCCAUUUAUGUACACGUUGAAGUUCUCUCCAGCCUCAGCAGUGGAGAGACACUGUGGAAAAAUCCCAGCACCUGCCUCCUAUGUACCUGCAGCACUUUCAGAGCUCACUUACCAGAUGACCUUUGGCGAAGGGGUUAAAAAUACCAUAUCUUAUCCACUGCAAGAUUAUAUAUUUCAGUCCUACUGGGGACAAUGGAAUUCAUACUAUAGCAAAAUCCUAGAGAGAAUUUUAUCUCUGAAGGAAAUGGAAGAAUUUGUCCAAAGUUCAGGCGAAGAUGGUAUUGUGGUGUUUUCUCUGGGGUCAAUGGUCAAAAACCUCACAGAAGAAAAAGCCAAUCUCAUUGCCUCAGCCCUUGCCCAGACUCCACAGAAGGUUUUAUGGAGUUACAAAGGAAAGAAACUGGCCACGUUAGGAGCCAAUACUCGGCUCUAUGAUUGGAUACCACAGAAUGAUCUUGUAGGUCAUCCCAAAGCAAAAGGUUUUAUCACUCAUGGUGGAACCAAUGGGAUCUAUGAAGCUAUCUAUCAUGGGGUGCCUAUGGUGGGAGUUCCCAUGUUUGCUGAUCAGCCUGACAACAUUGCUCACAUGAAGGCCAAAGGAGCAGCUGUGGAGGUGAACAUAAACACAAUGACAAGUGCAGAUUUACUCAAUGCCUUGAGAACAGUCAUUAAUGAACCUUUUUAUAAAGAGAAUGCUAUGAGGUUAUCACGGCUUCACCAUGAUCAGCCUGUAAAGCCCCUGGACCGAGCAGUCUUCUGGAUCGAGUUUGUCAUGCACCACAAAGGAGCCAAGCACCUGCGGCCAGCUGCCCACAACCUCACCUGGUUCCAGUACCACUCUUUGGAUGUGAUUGGGUUCUUGCUGGCCUGUGUGGCAACUGCUGUAUUCUUGGUCACAAAAUGUUGUUUGUUUUCUUGUCUAAAAUUUGUUAAAACAGGAAAGAAGAAAAAGAGAGAAUAG